AUGGCUGGUUGGCAGGACUGGCUCUCGUCGGCGGCGGUGACGGCUACAGGCACCGGUCUCGACCUGCUGGAGGGUCUGGGCAAGUCGGCCGUCGGGGUCCUCACCGCCGAAGCGGAUGAGGCUGAGGAGCGAGUCGGAAGCUGCGGGCAGGGCGCGAGCGGGCUGGAGAACGCAGCGAUGGCUGGCCAGAGGCCAGAGUCGGCUGAGCCUUUGCGCAGAUCCGCCAAGAAGCGACUCCGGCUUGGCCUGGAUCUGGCGUACGGCGUCGAUCUGGUGGCCCGCGGCGUGGAAAAGGUGUCCAAGGUCUCAGCCCGGCCUGCCGCUGCCCUGGCCAGCGGACGGUCGUCGCUCUCAGCUGCGCUUCGCGAUGCUGCUCGCGCCCAUCACUCGCCGCCGGCAUCGCCCGCCUCGCGCAACGCCGCCGCCCGCGCCGCCUGGGACAUGGCCUUUGCUGCUGCUGGUGGCGACACCGUCUGGGGCGCCCUUGCCGCAUCGGCCGUCGCAAUGAGCGAGGCCGUGUGCUCGGCCCUUGCCCAAGCCCCACCAAACGCCGCCGCCCAUUACGCCGCCGCCGACGCCGCCCUCCGGGCCGCUAUCUACCUCGAUCCGGCCGACGCAGCCUCGACGUCGCCACUGGCUCUCUCGCUAGGCGAGUGGGUCGCUAUGGUCGCGCCCGAUGGCGCCUCGCUUGUCUGGUCCGCAGCCUCGGUCCGCAGCGCCGAAGCUGCUCUCGCUGCCCUCCCCUCGGCCCCGUCCACCCAAGACGCUGUCGCUGCCCGCCUCACUGUCGCCGCCCUCGAGCUCAUCGCUGCCACCACAUCUGCGCUUGCCUCGCACACGCCGCCAGCAGCAUCCGCCGAGGCCCUUGCAGCCUGGGCAGCUGAGGGCGGCACCCUCAUCGCCCGCAUUGACGAGUGGCUCACCGCCCGUCUCGCCCAUGUCACCGCCUCACCGCACCCGCCAGCCGUCAUCGCCGACGGAGCGCUCGUCCUCGACGCCGCCCUCCGGCACGGCCUGAUAUCUGCUGCGCUUGCUGCACCUCAUGCCAUCAACACCGAUGGAGAGCAAGCUACCAAUGAAGACAACUGAGCCGCA